GCGAGUGGAGCCCGGAACCACCAGCAGUGGCCGCCAGCCCCUCCUCCUGUGCCUGGUGGCAAAGGGAAGGCCUGCCGGAUGGAAUGGACCUUCUGCUCCAGAACACUGUGCCCACUUGCAGCCUUGCCUGCAAUGCCGGCUGCUAUGCCUUCGAUGAGUAUACUUCCAUGCUGACACAGGGUCCUUCAGCUGCAGAAGUUCAAUUGAAUCAAUGGAUGGCAGCUUUGAAGAAGUCAGACCAAGCCCUGCCACCGGAGGUUCAGAAUCUGGUCCAAGAAGCUUCGGCGGCCCAAGCUCAUGCUUCGACCAAUGAGCUUCACUCAGCGGUCCACAAGCUCG